AUGGAUAGCAGCAGUGUCGCGACACCGGCGGAGGAUGCAAGGCCGAAUCUUAAUUCCGACGGCGGCGAGGCUCCAUCAACCGACGAGGUCCUACAAGAAAUCGCUACGCCUACCCACCAGUCUGACGCUGCCGACCCAGCAGCGGUGACCGGCAAUAAUGAGCAAAGCAUCAGUCAUUCUGAUGCUGUGAGCGCAGGCGAAAAUUUGACAGUGACCGAGGAGGCAACGCCAAGUCGUGAUUCCAAUAGCGGCAAUAAUACAGCCGUUGAUGGCGGCCAGCAAGAACCGGAUACGCGUAUCCAUCAGUCUGACACUGCCGAUGCAGCCACAGCGACUAGUAGUAAUGAUGGCGGAACUAGGGAAAUUAUCAUUCAAUCUGAUUCCCUAACCAGAAGUCAGAACGUGACCGAAACUGAAUCGGCCACUACUGUCCCUAAUGUGGAUUUGGGUCUAGUUGAUAAUGGGGUGCGGGUUGAAAAAAUACCGAUUAAUAAUGGGCCUCCGUCACAGUCAGAUGGGAGGUUACCCUUACAAUCGGAUGCAGAACUUGAUACGGAACGGAAUCUAGAACCAGGCUCUGCGCUAGGCGCCGAACCUGACGCUCAACCAGCCCAAGAAUUAGACCCAGCAGCGGACCUGGUGCCAGACCCAGAAUCAGGUCCAGCACCGAGUCCGGAGGAGGAACAGGAAGAAGAAGAUGACGACGACGAAGAUGAAACGAGGGAUACCUACAAAGUCCGCUUGGCCCAAAUAUCAUCCGAGGAUCUGACGUCUCGCGAGGUUGAGUUAAAUCAAGCUUUUGGUCAAGCAAUUGUAGACGGAAAUCUCGAGAAAUUCAUUCGCCUGCUAGGAGAAGGUGCAAAAAUCGACAGUAGAUUUGAUGAUGAUGAAGAGGAUGGAGAUCCAAACCAGACGACCCUCUUUUUAGCUGCUCGACACGAUUGGCCAGAGAUCGCAGCGAAGAUUUUAGAACUGAAGUACGACAAGGAUUUCCUUUUAGACGAUGAGACGAACGGAUGGACGGCUGCUCAUAUUGCUGCCCAGAACAACAAUAUUGAUGUACUACGCCAGAUUCUAGAGGCUGGAGAUAGAAUUGGGAUAAAGCAUACUAUUGUUAAUUUUGAGAACCGAGACAAGGAGACCCCCUUACUUCUUGCAGCUCGCGAAGACUGUCUGGAUAUCGUCAAUAUGCUUUUGGAUAAUGACGCAGAUUGGAAGAUUGAAUCAACCAACGAAGGGACUCCUCUACAUUCAGCUGCCUACCAUGGCUCCAAGAAGACUUUUGGCCGUCUCUUGGCUAUAGAUGGUGCGAAAAACUUGAUAGGCAAGCAAGAUAAUGAUGGAUGGACAGUUCUACAUAGUGCCGCUCGAGGAGGCGUUGAAGUUGAUUCUCUCCUUGGUGACGAAUCAAUACUGAAGGUCGUGACAAAAAGAACACAAUCGACACCGCUACUCAUUGCCGCUCUUAAUGGCAAGAAGGAUAUAUUAAUCUCACUCCUAAAGGCAGGUUCCGAUUUAUUGGCAAAAACGAACGAUGGGCGAACAGUGUUGCACAUGGCCGCUGAAUCUGGCAGCGUUGAAACCCUGGAAGAAUUAGUUGGGAAACUCGAUCGAGACACAAUACUUUGGAAAGACGACAAGGGAGGUACGGCAUUGAGUGUAGCUGCCACUGAGCAAGAAUACGAUGCAGUUUGCUUCCUCAUGGGCCUUGAGGCGUUUGCGCUGCCUAGGCUUAAGCUUGGUUCUUCUGCGAAGAUGAAUCAGCGUGACGUACAGGAAGUCAGAAGGUUUUUUAUCGAUUAUUUUGAGGACAAAUCGGAAAGUGAGCUGGAUUCUCUGAUGCAUUGGCAUCUGGUAGUGCAUUGGGCGGUAUAUUAUGGAUGGCAAUCGGUAGCCAGGACUUGUUUUAAUCGGCAGGGGAACCUGUGUGACUUGAAAACUAAAUCGGGAGAAACGCUGCUUCAUGUGGCUGCGUGUAAUGGAUACCCCGGUGUUCUUGAGCAGCUCAUGGACUGUUUUAAGAAACGUGGUUCGAUGGAAACAAAUGUUAUGGCGAAGAUAUCCGACAAGACGAACGACGAAAUAAUUCCGCUUCAUUUCGCAGCAGGUAAUGGCUACGUGGACACAAUGACAUCUUUGCUGGAAGGUUCUGUCAGCGACGAAGUUGCUGCUAAAUCAAAAAAUGAUAAAGCGUUGCUCUAUAAGGAAUCAUGGGCUCAGAUUCUUGUGGAAUCACGGAAUGGGGAAACAGCUCUCUAUUUUGCUGCAAGGAAUGGUCACCAAAACGCUGUCUCCUUCUUAUUGCGGUGGUUGGAGAAGCAUUCGGAGCUACAGAAAAUCAUCAGAAAAAAAACCAAAGACGGCAAAACCCCCUUGUCUCAGGCAGCCGACAAUGGCCACCAAGGUGUAGCUAAAACCCUUUUGGAAGUUCUUACGGAGCAUGAUUUUGGUAGGGAUUCCAAGGUCGCUUGGGAUGAAUUGACUGAGGUUGCACGAACUGGGCUUGAAGAGUACGUGGAAUUGAUUGUUGAUAAAAAAAUACUGGCGCCUAAUAUUCUGGAUAACGGCCCCCAGGGUUUGUUUCCAGAUCAGAAAUGGACUGGUCUGCUUUGGGCUGUGUAUUACGGUCACUACAAGGUUGUCUGGUGGCUAUUGCGGAGGAAUGGCCCGACAAUCUUAACAUCUCCAAUUUUUGAAGACGCAACGGAUAUGGUUGAUACAUUGUUAACCAAGUUGAACAAUACUGCGAGUCUCACCCUGGAAGUAAAGAGCGAAAAGGAACGGCAAUACAGGGAAAUAAAGGAUUGCCUUUACAGUCCUCCCCGAGUGGAAAAUGUGUAUGACCAGUACGAUCCAGAUGGAUUUCCCAGUGUGCCGCAGCCGUCAGGGAAAAAGGAAAUGGUGUGCAAAAAAUAUAGGGCCACUAUCGUAGAUUUUUACAACAAGGCUGGCCAUGUCAGCUUUGCAGCUCUAAGCCGGACGAUGCUUGAAACUAUCUACGAUAAAAGCCUAACGUUAGAUGAGAUCAUGACCGGUGCCGGAAUGGAUCGCAAAGAGCCGAAAUCAUUGAAUAAAGCUUCCGGGGUAGAUCAACCUAUUCAGAAUGCCGUGGGUAACCCGAUAGCUACUGAAGCACCCGCUGCUGGAGCCGCUGAUGCCGAAGCACCUGCCGUACCACCCGCUACUAGGCAGCCCGCUCCCGAAACACCCGCUGCCGGAACACAAAAGCACGCAGCCGCUACAAGGCAAGAACAAAACUCCAAGAAGAAAGAUGUGCACGAAGAUGGAUACAGAUUUAGAUGGAUACAUGUUCCGGCCAACAAUAUGGAGUGGAUUGAGGAUUUACUAAGUCGGUCAUUUUCGACAAAUAAAGAACACCGUCCAGUGAGCAACUUUGUCCGUGGAAAUAGACAUGAGCUCCAAAGUGCGUAUGCGGAUAAAUCCGGCGUAUAUCAAUUCUCGCGGAGUAUGAAACCUCUGUGUACAAGACAGCCAUUGAAAACCGAUCCAGAGCGAAACAUGCAGGGCAAUAUAGAUCCAACUAGUAGGGGCGAGGUUGCAACAAAACUAGGAACCAACACCGUCCCCAACACUGAACAGGUCAAAUCUCUCCAAGGAAGGGAAUUGGGAGCAGAGAUGCGUAGGACAUCAAGCGGUGUUAGCCAUAUUGCACUUUACAUGCCAUAUCUCACCUUUUCCAAAGCUAAUCUGGGGAAUGGAGCAUCCGUUCAAUUACCUAAUUCAUUGGUCGAUGCGUAUGGGAGAGAAACAAUCCAUGAAUUGCGAACCUUAGAUCGGUACUACUACUCGUCUUUACCAGAAGAAGACGUCCAGAAGAGAAAUGGGGAUCAGGUGCUCACAAAAUACAUUACACUGAAAAAGGAGGAGAAUAGUAUUGGCAGGCCGCGCGAUGCACCCCCAGUGGAUCAGCAACACGUGAAAAAAAAGCCGAGGAACCGACAACAUAAAAACCCCAAGGAAAAUCAACACAAAAAAUCAGAGGAGGACCAACACAAUUCACCCAGGAGAGAUGAGACAGGCCUAAUCUUGCAGGUGGACCAACUGUGGUUAUGGGUGAUUGAUGGCGAUAAAAUAAUCACUAGCUCAAGCUACCAAACAGACGGGGAGCCUGAUAUCAUACUAAAGAGAGUCUUCAAGCACUUGAUCGAUGGACGUGAUCAUGAUAGGCACCCCCCUUCAUCACCAGAGCAAUUGAUGCAACUAAUCGUUAGCAGCGCUACUGGGGUCAUUGAGCAACGGAAAGUAAUACUUCCAGAGAAAAAACUGUCAUUGUCCAUCUUGGAGAUUUUUGAGAAUGCUAUCGGUGAUGUCGAAGACGGCGAGUUAAAACUUUUUUCGAAGUUCAAGGAGACCCUUAAUAAAAAUAAUUCAACUGAUGAAGGGUAUUCAAUUGAUGAAGAGAUAGGCUAUUUGGUCUUAAUCAAGGAUAUAUUGGACGAACUCAACAUCCUCAAAUCCCUAAUAAAGGACCAGAAAAAAGUGUGGCACGAUGCUUUCUCUGAAUACACGACGGAGAUUAAAUCUUUGACAAAGGAUCCAAAAAAGGGGUGGCAUGAUGCGUUCUCGGAGUAUACGAUGGAGAAGGACUACCUAAAUUCAAGAGAGCCAGGCGAGAUUCUCGAAAUGUUGGAGGAGAUGAUCACAGAUGCCACACGUGUAGAGAGAUCGAUAAACGAUCUUCUGGAUUUAAAGCAAAAGCAAGCCAACCUAUCCGAAGCGCAAUCAUCACGUAAACAAGCCGAAGAAACGGCAAUGCAAGGCACUACACUUAUGGUGUUUACGAUUGUUACCAUUGUCUUCGUGAGUUAUCUCAACACAAACUGA